AUGACUGCUGUCAACCAAUCUGAGGAACCAUCGAAUUCGGUUGGAGAAAGUGGUGUCCCGAUACCAACUCUGAAUCAGGAAGCAUUGCAACUGCGGAUUCGCAUUAUCGAGCAGUUCCAUCUGCUUGCUGCAAUUAUUGGCCGCUGGUUGUUGCCACUUAACGGGAUCAGCAGCGAUCAGCUUUCUGAACUGCUGCUCAUCAACAUUGGCACCGCUGCUGACAUUCUCGACCUUUUCGAGGCUUUCAACGAGGAAGCGGUUAUUAAACAUUUCCCCAUACAGAUCAGCAUCCUGUGCCUAUGGCAAGCCAGCCUAUUGCAGUUUUGUUUCAAUAAGACCGCCAGACUUGAGGUUGAAGAUACACAGACGCCCAGUAAUCUAAACAGUGGUCAGCAUAACGCUUUUCAGGCAUCGGCAGUAGAAGACACGAAUCAAAAUUUUGGUAUGGCAAGCCCCACAAAGAAGAAGACUCAUCAAUCAAGCCGUCUGGAUGAAACGGAACCACAGACCGAAUACAGUGCUCAGCAUAACUCUUUUCAGGCAUCUGAGCUAGAAGAAACAAGCCAAAACUUUGGCAUCGUAAGCCCCACAAAAAAGGAAACAGAUGAAUCAAUCCGUCUAAAUGAAAUGGAAGCACAGACCGAAUACAUUGGUCAGCACAACGCUUCUCAGGCAUCUGCGCUAGAAGACAUCAACCAAAAUUAUGGCAUGGCGAGCCCCACAAAAAAGGCGACCCAUAAAUCAAGCCGCCUGGAUGAAACGGAACCACAGACCGAAUACAGUGAGUCGUCAGAGGGGGACUGUUGCUGCUGCGGUGGUUUUUGGCACCGACAUGAGCGUUGUCGCAACGUCCUCUUCGGAACGGAGUUAUGGGCAAUCAUUAUGACGCUGAUGCUGCAAGACCUGCCCUUCAUGUGCCUGCGACUGACGCUGAUUUUCGCCUUUGCUGUUCGGAGUUAUCAGAACAUAUUUUUCGCUAUCAAAAACAUGAUCCUUAUUCUGGCCCAGGUCUUUCGAUGCUGGGUCCUGUUGCGGAAUUACGGUCCUAAUUACCAUAUGAUGGAUUGGAGUCACAUCAUUUUUCGCAUACGCUGA